UGAAGGUGAGAACUGGGAUGAGAUCCCCAAAUUGGCGAGUGAGAGCGAAAGCGAGUGGAAACCCGAACCCCGCAAGAAGGAAACCCUAAAAAUCUAAAUCCCCCCAAUUCUCUACGCGCCUUAACCCCACUCGCCUUCGGUUUUCGCAGAAUCAUCACUCAUGCUAUUUCACCUCCACUUCAGGUUCAGUCAGGGUAACAGUUGGUUCAAGUAAAUACCUUUUCAAUCAUGGACAUAGAUCUUAGGUUACCUUCUGGUGAGCAGUGUAAGGAAGAUGAAGAAGCAAAUGGAAUUGAUAAUAUAUUGGAUGGUGAUGAAAAAUUGCAUAAUGGAGUGGUUGAGGCUGGAAAUAUUGCUCAUGUAGGACAGGAUGUACGCCCUGAAGAUGGCAUGGAAAUGAAUUCUUCUGCUGUGGAUAUGGUGACCUUCAAGGAGGAUACCAAUCUUGAGCCACUUUCUGGUAUGGAAUUUGAAUCACAUGGGGAAGCAUAUUCUUUUUAUCAAGAAUAUGCUCGGUCUAUGGGAUUCAACACUGCUAUACAAAAUAGCCGCCGUUCGAAAACAUCAAGAGAAUUUAUUGAUGCAAAAUUUGCCUGUUCUAGAUAUGGAACCAAGCGGGAGUAUGACAAAUCCUUUAAUCGGCCACGUGCCAGACAAAGCAAGCAAGACCCAGAUAAUACAACUGGUAGGCGAUCAUGUUCAAAGACAGAUUGUAAAGCAAGCAUGCAUGUGAAGAGAAGACCAGAUGGAAAAUGGGUUGUACAUAGCUUUGUGAAGGAACAUAACCAUGAACUUUUGCCGGCUCAAGCUGUCAGUGAACAAACCAGAAGGAUGUAUGCUGCGAUGGCUAGACAAUUUGCUGAAUAUAAAAAUGUUGUUGGUCUGAAGAAUGAUCCCAAAAAUCCAUUUGAUAAAGGUCGAAAUUUGGCAUUAGAAGCUGGAGAUGUUAAGAUUUUGCUCGAAUUUUUUACACACAUGCAGAACAUAAAUUCAAACUUCUUUUAUGCAAUAGACCUUGGUGAAGAUCAACGUCUGAAAAGUUUGUUUUGGGUUGAUGCAAAGAGUAGGCAUGAUUACAGUUAUUUCUGUGAUGUUGUGUCUUUUGAUACUACUUAUGUUAGAAACAAAUAUAAAAUGCCUCUUGCGCUGUUUAUUGGAGUGAACCACCAUUACCAGUUCAUGCCACUUGGAUGUGCAUUGGUAUCAGAUGAGAGUGCAGCAACAUUUUCUUGGCUAAUGCAGACAUGGCUUAAAGCAAUGGGUGGACAAUCUCCUAGAGUCAUAAUCACUGACCAAGACAGAAUUGUGAAAUCUGUUGUUGCAGAAAUCUUUCCGAAUACUCAUCAUUGCUUCUUUCUAUGGCAUGUACUCGGGAAGGUUUCUGAGAAUCUUGGUCAUGUGAUCAAACAGCAUGGGAACUUUAUGGCAAAAUUUGAGAAAUGCAUCUAUAGGUCAUGGACCGAAGAGGAGUUUGCUAAAAGGUGGUGGAAAAUUCUUGAUAGAUUUGGACUCAAAGAUGAUGAAUGGAUGAAGUCAUUAUAUGAAGACCGCAGAAAGUGGGUGCCAACCUAUAUAAUGGAUGUUUUGCUGGCUGGGAUGUCUAUGGUUCAGAGAUCUGAGAGUGUGAACUCAUUCUUUGACAAGUAUGUACAUAAGAAGACCACUGUGCAAGAGUUUUUGAAACAGUACGAAGCAAUUUUACAAGAUAGGUAUGAAGAGGAAGCCAAAGCAAAUUCUGAUUCAUGGAGCAAACUGCCUACACUAAAAUCUCCAUCACCUUUUGAGAAGAGUGUUGCAGGGUUGUACACACACACAAUAUUCAAGAAGUUUCAAGUUGAAGUUGUGGGUGCCAUUGCUUGUCAUCCCAAGCCAGAAAAUCAUGAUGCAACAAGCAGCUUUUUCAGAGUUCAAGAUCUUGAGAAGAAUCAGGAUUUCAUUGUUACAUUGAAUGAGAUGAAGUCUGAAGUUUCUUGUAUAUGCCGAUUAUACGAAUACAAAGGCUAUCUCUGCAGGCAUGCAAUGGUUGUUCUCCAAAUAAAUGGCCACUCAGCCAUCCCGUCUCAAUAUAUUUUGAAACGAUGGACAAAAGAGGCAAAGAGCAGGCAUCUCAUGGGAGAUGAAUCUGAGCAGGUGCAAUCUAGGGUGCAGCGAUACAAUGAUCUAUUUCAACGGGCAAUGAAGUUGAUUGAAGAGGGUUCACUGUCCCAAGAGAGCUACUAUAUUGCGUUCCGAAGCCUAGAAGAAGCUUUUGGGAACUGUUUGAGUGCAAACACUUCUAACAAGAGCCUUGCGGAAGCUGUCACAUCUCCCACCCAGGGUAUGAUCUGUAUUGAAGAAGAUAAUCAAAGCAGAAGCACGAGCAAGACAAACAAGAAAAAGAAUCCAACCAAAAAAAGAAAGGGAAACUCUGAACAGGAGGUAAUGACUGUUCCAGCAACGGAUGGCUUGCAACAAAUGGAUAAAUUAAGUUCAAGAUCAGUAGGCCUAGAUGGUUAUUUUGGUGCGCAAACAAGCGUACAAGGAAUGGUGCAGCUUAAUUUAAUGGCACCACGUGAUAAUUAUUAUGGGAAUCAACAGACAAUUCAGGGGCUGGGACAGUUGAACACCAUAGCAGCAAGCCAUGAUGGUUACUAUGGCCCUCAGCAAACCAUGCCUGGGAUGGGACAGAUGGAUUUCUUUCGAGCACCUGGUUUUUACAUCCGGGAUGACACCAAUGUGAGAGCUGCACAGUUGCAUGAUGAUGCAUCAAGACAUGCAUGAUGAAUGUCUUUGUAGGUGAGGAUGAAAGAAUAUGAUUAAAUGUGUUGAUAGGAGGGAAGAUUGUUUUGAAGCUGACUUGGAUGUAAAGAAUGGAAAGUAUGAUGCAUUGCCAGAUUAUCAUUAUUAGAAGUAAUCUUCUCUUUUGGUGUCUGUAAGAUAAGAUAGAAUAGGAUAUUAUCAUCACCAUCUACAGGGGAUAUAGUUGAGAGUUGGGACAAAUUCAGGUUGGUGCUUAUGUCUCUUGUAAAUUCUGUUGUACUAUUGUAUCUGUGAUUGUUACAGUCUAAAUAGGUUUAAAUUGAAUUCCAGUUGUAGCUUU